UCCAUUGAGAAGACAAAUCGACCAGAGUGCUUCACAUUCAUCCUCUCUGAUUCUUGUUGCAAUCAUUUGAUAUUAUGUCUCGGAAUGGGAAAAAGCAACUUUUACCUCCCUCUGAUGUACUUAGCAACCUUCCCGAUAGUGUAAUUGAUGACAUUCUAACGAGGUUGCCUUUACGAAAUGUUGUGAGGACAAGCAUCUUAUCGAAGAAAUGGAGAUAUAACUGGUGCAGACUUCCACAACUGAAACUUGAUCAAACACUUUGGAAAACAACAGAGGCCUUGAUGUCCCCUACAAUUGGAUUUACUAUCAUUCUCUGUUGCCUCUUUGUCGUUCAUGCAGGACCAAUUACCAAAUUUACCCUCGACAUUCCUGAUCUUAUAACAUGUCCUACUAUUGACCACUUGAUAUAUUUCCUCUCUAGGAAUGGAAUUCAACAUCUUGUUCUUAAAUUUCCAUUAGGUAACCCAUACAAACUGCCUUCUUCAUUUUUCAUAAGUUCGAGUUUGAUGCAUUUGACUCUCACAAGAUGUCAAAUAAGUCCUCCACCGAUCUUUAAGGGAUUUGAUAGGUUAAUUAACCUAAAACUAAGACGUGCCAUAAUUUCUUCUGAAUCGCUUGGAAGUUUGAUAUCCCAUUGCCCGUUGCUUGAGAAUUUGGAGCUGACAUAUCUAGAUAAUUCCAACCCUGUGGAAAUUAGUGCUCCCAAGCUAAAGUCAUUUGUCUUCAGGGGCAAUAUACAUAUUAUACAUCUAAACAACGCCCCUCUUCUUUCCAAUGUUUCAUAUAAGCCUAAAGAAUUUUCUGUAGAGGCAGAGCAUGAUCUUGGCAAGAUUUUUGAGUUUAUUCCUGCUCUCAAGAAUCUCUGGUGGAAACACGACUUUGUCCAUGUAAUGUUACUUAAUGACUUAAUUGUAAUGCAUUUUCAUAGAUGGUAUCUUUUGAGCUUUGAGUCAUCCUAA